UGGCUCAUUGUCAGUCCAAUCACCUUGUCGGUCCGUUCACCAUCAACACCGAAAAACAGACGGCCGCACUUUGGAUCAAAGGCAUGGAGACGAGAAAGAAACAGGAGGAAUAUGACAAUGCAGGAUAUGAAGAGGACACAGGCAAGAAAACUGAGAAUCCACCACCUUUCCAAAUCGACAAUCCGCCACCCGCACCGAAAGCACCGGAAAGAGUUCAAUGGGGGUCAAGCUGGGAAUUCUUAAUGUCAUGUAUCGCGACCUCCGUGGGAUUGGGAAACGUUUGGAGGUUUCCUUACACUGCAUACGAGAAUGGCGGCGGAGCAUUCCUGAUCCCUUACAUUAUAGUUCUCUUCGUAGUCGGAAAGCCAUUUUAUUAUCUCGAGGCUACUCUGGGACAGUUCACCAGUCAAUCCUGUGUAAAUGUCUGGUCCGUAUCGCCAGCGAUGCAAGGAGUUGGAUACGGCCAUGCACUUGCAGCAUUUUGGGUCGUAACUUAUUACUGUUCGUUAAUGGCGCUGACGAUAUACUAUCUAAUCGUGAGUUUUCAGUCAACACUUCCAUGGUCCUAUUGCAGAGAUGAAUGGGCUGGGAUUUGCGUCGAUGCAAGUGGAUCAAGUAACGUUACUUUGGGCAAUACAACACUAGCAAGCUCUUCUGAAUUAUACUUCAGGAACAUCGUCCUCCAAGAAAUAGACAGUAUCGAAGAUGGAAUAGGAGUUCCUUCGUGGCAAUUGACUCUCUGUCUUGGAGCUAGCUGGAUCUGUGUUUUCUUCGUUCAAUUCCGGGGUGUAAAGAGUGCUGGCAAGGCAGCAUACUUUCUAGCCCUCUUUCCGUAUGUGAUGAUGAUCACGCUGCUGAUCAGAGCACUGACAUUGGAAGGCGCUGUGGAUGGUAUCCUCUUCUUUGUUACACCGGAUUGGCACAAGCUUUAUCAACCAGGGGUGUGGUAUGCUGCCAUAACACAGUGUUUCUUCUCUCUCAGCGUGUGCAUGGGUGCGAUCAUCAUGUUUUCCUCUUACAACAAUUUCCGUCACAAUCUCUACAGGGAUGUAAUGAUCGUUACCACAUUGGACACGUUCACGAGCUUCAUGGCUGGUUGCACAAUAUUCGGGAUUCUGGGAAAUUUAGCACAUGAGAUGGGAACAGACGAUAUCAGCACCGUCGUUCGCAGUGGCACCGGAUUGGCGUUCAUAUCAUACCCUGAGGCGUUGGCGCGAUUUCCGGCAGUUCCCCAACUCUUUGCUGUUCUGUUUUUCAUAAUGAUGUUCGUUUUAGGGAUUGGCAGCGCGCAAUCCCUCGUCGGCGUAAUUGCCAGCGUGAUUACUGAUCGCUUCACUUCAUUCAAACAGAUUUACGUUGUCGGUGUCAUCAGUAUCAUCGGCUUUCUCCUGGGUCUCACAUACGUCACUCCGGGUGGACAAUGGAUCUUGACUUUGGUUGACUAUUACGGCGGAACUUUUACAGCGAUAAUUGUUGGAGUGACCGAAGUUAUAACUAUAUUUUGGAUUUACGGACUCAACAACUUUCUCAACGAUGUUGAAUUCAUGUUAGGAUACCGACCGGGUAUUUACUGGCGUUCGUGCUGGCUGCUGAUUACACCCCUACUUAUGAUCGUUGUUCUCGUUUACACAUUUGCCGUUUACGAGGAUGUUACAUACAAUGACGAAUACUUUCCGAGUGCUGCUUACGCUUUCGGCUGGGUUAUCUUCAGUUUGGGAAUCAUUCAACUGCUAUUCUGGAUCUGCCAUGCUCUGAUCAAGAACAGGUCAUCAUCAAUUAAGUUGACUUUCCGAAGGGCGUUUACUCCAAGUACGCGUUGGGGGCCUGCGGAUGCGAAGGACAAUGAAGACUGGAAAGUAUUUUGCGAAGAACGGCGACAAAAGUCUGCCGGUGGACUCCGUAACCUCUUCUUUGGAUAAGAUUAUAUACAUAAAUUAUAGAUUCAUUUCGAUUGGUAGUCUCUGCUUGUCUACAUUCACAUUACACGGCUACAUCUGUCACUGCCUAUAGAAAUAAUUGAGAAACCGUUUCACCAAGUUUGACCCCUGCAAUGCCUACUAUGAAAUACG